GAUUCAUGAAUGGCAAGCCAUGUAAAGUCGUAAAAUGAUCGUAGAACGAUAUGGUAGAACUCCGUGUUUUGGCAGAUUUGACUAUUAAACACGUUCGUCGUUCUUCCUUUUAUUUUCUACCGGGCGAAACGUGAAUUUCUUGAAUCUGUUUGUACUUAAAUUUCCUUUUCGUCGUCGAGUGUGGUUUGGGCAGCAGCGACAAUGAGCCAGAAGAGUGAGGCACGGAUGCCUCUUGUGGUGCGCGUGAAGCGCUCGGCCGAUGAGGAGCCACUGGACGUGCUGCGUCUACGUCCGCUCCCUUCCAAGUUGGCACGCGGAGACCAGGGCGCCUUUGAACUGCACAGUCUCCAGUUCAAACAUGCUGGGACCAUUGCUGGCUCGGAAUCCAUAGCUUCUUCCACGGUUAACCUGAUGAAAAAUCUUCCUGCGAGUCUUCAUAGCGAGCUGCCCGUCGGCAUGCUCAACGAGCCAGUGCGGGCGCUGAGUAUGGAAGAGCAGUUCGACAUUCUGUGCGAAUUCCGUCAGGCGGCGGACAAUACGAAGAACAAGAAAGCGCAGCAAAUGUUCAUGGUGACGAGAAAAUUCCGGCCUGUCGCGGUAGACGCACUAGGCUCGCUGGCGCAACAGAUGAGGCAGUCGACCUUACAGCCCCCUGCGGAGGCGGCUGGGGUGGGAGAAGGCAGCAACGGAACGCCAGCGGCGCAGGAUGUGGAGAUGGCGUACGCGGUGUGCGAUUUGCAGCAGCUGGGACACUCCGAGAAACGGUGCAAGCGUGCCCGCACAGACGGGGGAGGCGCUCAGACGACUGACCAGCAGAUGUCCGGCAUUACGUGCAACGACGAAGAACUGAUUCGAGAAUCAACGGAGAAUCUCGACACGGUCUACGACAUUUAUGUUCUCCACCACCAAGCUGAUAUUGGAAGCUCGGGCUCGGCGUUUUACCAGGACGUGAAUCAUUUCCUCAGCGACACGGAAGUCAUCCUUGGCACUAACUCUGACAACGUGCUGUGGAGCGACGCCGCGGAGAGUGCGCGGGUCAUGCAGGAGGAGCUGUUGGAUGAGGAAGACAGCAACGAUGAGAACAAUUGGCGCAACGAUUAUCCCGAUGAAACCUCGGAAGAUUCGUCAGACGACGGAGAAAGUGGAAACGAGGAGGAUUACUACGGAUACAUGGCACAUGAUCAUGACUAUUUUGGUCAGAAACUGCACCGACGGCAGAGAAUGGACGAAGCGGAUAGCGACGAGGAAAAUGCCGCUGAAGGAGAGGACAAUGAGGGUUUUUAAACUUUGACUAACUUUUACCUGUCGCUAAGUGGUAGGUCGCUGGCACGGAGGAAAAGAACAAUGCUGCGUUAAGCCCCCUUUCAGUCGACUGUUUGUGGUUAGACUCAGUUGUUAUCUUUAUGAAGAUGCUUUGCGAUAGUCUUUUUUGAAAUUCUUUUUUAUAUUGAUACAUUUUCCGAUAGUUGUGUAUUUUGUUGCUGCAUGAGAGAAUUGCGAGAAUGGAAAAACGAUUAUCAGUAACGACGUUUUGCGGUCGUGCUUCGAUUGUGUUCGUAAUCGUUGCGUCAUUGCGCAACGAUUAGUUACAGUUUGCAGUUCGAAGAAUACCAUGGUUACAGCGGAA